AUGGUAUCUUCAAAAGCCACCACCCUAUCUGCCAUGUUGGCAUGUGUCUCUAUGGUCGCAGGCCAUGGUUUCGUUUCCAGCAUUAUGGCAGGUGGCAAAAACUACACUGGCUAUCUCGCCAACUCCUACCCAUACAUGAGCAAUCCACCCCAGAGCGUCGGCUGGGCCACCACAGCUACCGAUCUAGGCUUUGAAGACGGCACCGAAUAUCAAUCGGCCAACAUCAUCUGCCACCGAGAUGGCAAGAAUGCCGCACUCUCUGCACCCGUCACCGCAGGCUCCAAGGUGGAAAUCCAAUGGACCUCAUGGCCAGACAGCCACCAUGGUCCCGUCAUCACAUACCUUGCCUCCUGUGGUGGAGACUGCAGCACAGUCGACAAGACCACGCUCAAGUUCUUCAAGAUCGAUGAGGCCGGUCUGAUUGAUGACUCUAACCCUCCCGGAACGUGGGCCACGGAUCAGCUCAUUGCAGCUGGAAACCGAUGGACGGUGACUAUCCCCAAGAGCAUUGCAUCGGGGAACUAUGUCAUGCGUCACGAGAUCAUCGCUCUUCAUUCUUCGGGUUCCAAGGAUGGUGCACAGAACUAUCCCCAGUGUUUGAAUCUGCAGGUCACCGGUGGAGGGAGCGCUAAGCCUCAGGGUACUUUGGGUGAGGCUCUGUACAAGGACACUGAUCCUGGCAUUUUGAUCAAUAUCUACCAGUCCUUGAAGAGCUACGUGAUUCCCGGUCCAGCUCUGUACAGCGCGUGA